AUAUUUUCAGAUAAUCCACGGAGGCGGUUUACAGUUGAAGAUGUGUUGCAGCAUCUUGAUGACUCGGAACUUGAAUUAUCAGAUUCUGAUGACUCUGGGGAUGAGACCUUUAACCCUUCUGCUGCUGAUAUGCUGGCUGAUGAAAAUGAGGAUGAAAUUGAAAGACUAGAUGAUAAUAAACAGCCAGGCACUUCUGUGAACAGUGGGAACAAAAGAGAAAAAAAGACACAGAUCAAGUGGCGGUCUCUUCGAGGUGCAUUUGAAAGCAGCUCAGAAUGGCAGGAAAAUUUGAAUUUGGGAGAUGGCCUAUUUUCACCAUCCUCAUAUUUUUUUUAAUUACUUUAACCCAGAAAUAUUUGAAACAUUUGCUGAACAAACAAACAUUUAUCAUCUACGCAAAACUGGUAAAACUCUAAAUACUUCAACAGCUGAAAUUCUGAAAUUUUUUGGUAUCACAAUAGUAAUGGCAAAUUUAGGUUUUCUCAGAAUAAGGAUGUACUGGCAAAAAGCCACUAGAGUAAAUUCAGUGGCAGAUGUUAUGCCUGUAAACCGCUAUUUACAGCUGCAAAACAGCAUUCAUAUCAAUGCUGAUCCUAAUCCAGAACAAAAAACUAAUAAAUUCUGGAAAGUUCAGCCUCUGAUAAACACAGUACGUUCUCGCUGUCUUAAGUUACCAAGAGAAGAAUACAACUGGAUUAGCAAAUGAUCCCUUUCACUGGUAGAGUACCUGCUAAACAGUACAUCAAAGGGAAGCCGAAUCCAGUAGGGGUAAAAAACUUUGUUGUCUGUGGUACCUCUGGUAGGGCCGUUGAUUUUGAACUAUAUCAGAGUGCAGGUACAGGUAUAUCAGAAGAGCACAAACACAUGGAACUUGGUGCUUCUGUUGUCCUAAGAUUGGCAUGAUCCUUAUUAGACAGCUGAAAAUGUUAGGGAUUCAGUCCCUUGGUGUCGUUAAAUCCAACAGAUUAAUGGGGUGUCCGUUAAAAUCUGAAAAAGAAAUGAAGAAGAAUGGACGCGGAUCAAGCAACUGCAAAGUUUCAGCAGAAGGUGACAUGUGUGGUCAGGUGGAUGGAUAAUGGAGCUGUCACUCUUACCUCCAGCUUUAUUGGGAUCGAAGAAAUGGGCACAGUAAGAAGGUGGAGUGAAAGCAAAAAGGAAUAUAUUCAAGUGAACAGACCCAAUUGUGUGAAAGUCUACAAUGAAAACAUGGUAGGGAGUGGCUUCCUGAUUGCUUUGUACAGGAUAAAGGCAAAAACUAAGAAGUGGCCUGUACGCAUGAUUUUUCAUUUCGUGGACUUUGCCCUUGUCAACUCAUGGCUUGAGUAUCAAGACAUCAAAAUACAAAAUGGUACUCCUAAAAGACAAACUUUGGAUCUUCUCAAUUUCAGAAAUGAGAUUGCUGCCACACUAGUGAAAGCCCACUUGACAACACCAAUUGCUUGCCGACCAGUUGGAAGGCCAAGAAUUACUACAACAGCACCUAUCACAGAUUCAGGUGAUUCGUCAACAUCAACAUCUUCUGUAGUUACACCUCCUCCAAAGCGAGCAAGACCGGCAGAAAGACCAGCUGUGGAGAUCCGCUAUGAUCUGUUCGAUCAUUUCCCUGUCUGCAUCAAGGAACUGGGUCAACGCUGCAAGUUUGAAGAUGCAAUGGUCGCAGCAGAGUCAAAUGCAUCAAAUGCAAUCUGUUUCUUUGUUGCACUGGAGACAAAAUUUCAAUUAUUUCACAUGAAAUAAUUCCUCGGUAAAAGACUGACAAACAUUUUGUACUUUUUUCGUAUUGAUUUGGUAAUGUUGUGAGGUAACUACAUAAUAUAAAUAUUAUUAAAUACUUUAAAUGAAAAGUUAAAAAAUAAGUUAUUGAUUUGUUCCAUCUUUUAAAGUACUUUUUUCAUUAUAAUUUCUUGGCUAUUAAACUAGAAAAGCAUUUACAAGCUAGAGUUGUAAAAAUUUUAAAAUGGACAAAAUUCACACUUUAAAAUAUAAGUCGGGGAAUUUUAUUAUACGAAGUGGCUGGCUACCCUGUAGUUGUCUCAUGAAACUUAUAUUGUUAGGCUGAAUUGUAUUGUUUAAAUGUUAUUUUUUUGUUUAUUUUUUAUUUUUAUUAAUAAUAUAUUUACAGUUUACCCGAAUGAAUUGGAAUAAAUUGAAUGAUCUUUUGUUGGUUUGCGUAGAUGUGCAGAAAACUUGAAUUUAAAAUAAAUUCCUUGUUUGUCUG